CGGGAGGCGGGCGGGGCGGCUGGGGCCGAGCCCAGAGCUCCGGGCGGUCGCAUUGUUUUCCUCCGCGGAUCCGCGGCGGGAGUGGGGGCUGCGACUCGGACCUAGGGCUCUCGUGACCGACAGUCCCCCGGAGCCCACCUCCAAGCUUCACCCAGUUGGGACGACAGUCAUCUCUCGCCUGGGCGCCCACCACAGACAGAACUCUGCGCGGUGCGGGCUGCUGGCCGCCCGCCGCGAUCUCGAUCCUGCUACCCCGGAUCUCGGAGCAAGUACCGGGCAGAGCGGCGUGGAGGCAGGCGGGGAGGAAGCGGCUCCGCAGGUUGGAGGUUUCCUCUCCCCUUUGGAGGUCUCCUAACCCCUUCAAUCCCCCUAGGAGUUACCAUCCCAGGGCCAGCAUAUGGGUGAAGGGGCACCCCCUGGGGCCUGAGCUGCCCCACACAGGAUGCUCCGUGUCCCCUACUUCAUGCCCCUGCUGCUGCUCCUGCUGCUGCUCUCACUUCCCUAUCCCGGAGCCACCUUUCCCCAGGACCCCGUCCCUCUGUUGAUCUCUGACCUACAAGGUAUUUCCCCAUUAUCCUGGUUCCGGGGCCUGGAGGAUGAUGCUGUGGCUGCAGAACUUGGGCUAGACUUUCAGAAAUUCCUGACCUUGAACCGGACCUUGCUAGUGGCUGCCCGGGAACACGUUUUCUCCUUCGAUCUUCAAGCCCAAGAAGAAGGGGAGGGGCUGGUGCCCAACAAGUAUCUAACAUGGAAGAGCCAAGAUAUGGAGAACUGUGCUGUCCGGGGAAAGCUGACGGACGAGUGCUACAACUACAUUCGUGUUCUCGUUCCCUGGGACUCCCAGACGCUGCUUGCCUGUGGAACGAACUCAUUCAGCCCUGUGUGCCGCAGCUAUGGGAUAACUUCACUGCAGCAGGAGGGUGAGGAGCUGAGCGGGCAGGCUCGGUGCCCCUUUGAUGCUACCCAGUCCAACGUGGCCGUCUUUGCAGAGGGCAGCCUGUACUCAGCCACGGCUGCGGAUUUCCAAGCCAGCGAUGCCGUUGUUUACAGAAGCCUUGGGCCUCAGCCCCCGCUCCGCUCCGCCAAGUACGACUCCAAGUGGCUGAGAGAGCCACACUUUGUCCAUGCCUUGGAACAUGGAGACCAUGUCUACUUCUUCUUCCGAGAAGUCUCUGUGGAGGAUGCCCGGCUGGGUAGGGUGCAGUUCUCCCGGGUGGCCCGUGUUUGUAAACGUGACAUGGGUGGCUCACCUCGGGCCUUGGACCGCCACUGGACAUCCUUCCUGAAGCUGCGGCUCAACUGCUCUGUCCCCGGGGACUCUACGUUCUAUUUUGACGUCUUGCAGGCCUUGACUGGGCCUGUGACCCUGCAUGGCCAUUCUGCUCUCUUUGGAGUCUUUACCACCCAGACCAAUAGCAUCCCUGGCUCUGCAGUCUGUGCCUUUUACCUGGAAGACAUUGAACAUGGGUUUGAGGGCAAGUUCAAGGAACAGAGGAGUCUGGAUGGUGCUUGGACCCCCGUGUCUGAGGACCGGGUCCCCUCACCCAGGCCAGGGUCCUGUGCAGGUGUGGGUGGGGCAGCCCUCUUCUCCUCUUCUCGAGACCUUCCUGAUGAUGUCCUGACCUUCAUCAAGGCUCACCCACUGCUAGACCCUGCUGUGCCACCUGCCACCCACCAGCCUCUCCUCACUUUCACUAGCAGGGCUCUACUAACCCAGGUGGCUGUGGAUGGCACGGCUGGUCCCCACAGAAACACUACUGUCCUGUUCCUUGGCUCCAAUGAUGGCACGGUGCUGAAGGUGCUGCCUCCAGGCGGGCAACCUGGGCGACCCGAACCUAUCCUAUUGGAAGAGAUUGAUGCCUACAGCCCCUCCCGGUGCAGUGGGAAGCGAUCAGCCCAAACAGCAAGACGGAUCAUAGGGCUGGAGCUGGACAUUGAGGGUCACAGACUCUUUGUGGCUUUUUCUGGCUGUAUUGUCUACCUCCCUCUCAGCCACUGUGCCCGGCAUGGGGCCUGUCAGAGGAGCUGUUUGGCUUCUCAGGACCCAUACUGUGGAUGGCACAGUUCUAGAGGUUGUGUGGACAUCACGGGAACUGGUGGGACUGAUGUGGAUCAGGUUGGCAACCAGGAAUUCACAGAGCAUGGCGAAUGCCAAGAUGGAGCUACUGGAAGUCAGUCAGGCCCUGGGGAUUCUGCUUAUGGUGUGCGCCGGGACCUCCUCCCGGCCUCGGCUUCCCGCUCUGUCCCGAUACCACUGCUCUUGGCCAGUGUAGCCGCAGCCUUCGCCCUGGGCGCCUCAGUCUCUGGCCUCCUGGUUUCCUGUGCUUGUCGCCGAGCCCACCGACGUCGGAGCAAAGACAUCGAGACCCCGGGGCUCCCACGACCUCUCUCCCUACGCAGUCUGGCCCGCCUGCACGGCGGCCCCGAGCCCCCGCCACCCUCCAAGGAUGGGCAGGCCGCGCAGACGCCGCAGCUCUAUACCACCUUCCUGCCUCCCUCGGAGGGCGGACCCCCGCCCGAGCUGGCC